AUGCAAGAACUGAGGCAGACGGUCCAUGGGCAGUUGAGUGGCUGCAUUUCGGUGCAUUGGGGAGUUGGGUACCACGGAAAUCGCGGUCACCGUGUUGAACAGCUCUGUCUGCUUGACAGAGAGGGUGUAAUAAGGGCUUCAGAAACCGAUGGGGAUAUGGUGUCAAACGCUGAGAUACCGGUUCCUCCCCUGCCUGGCGAAGAUCCCGUGCUUGUCAUUGCACCGUACAUGCCUACUGCAGGCGAAGAAACCACUUGCAUGGCCCUGGGGACCCUGAAGGGAUCGGUGAUUCUCUUAGAGCUUCCUCCCGGCAGACCGAGGUCUGCGUACACUCUAGAAAGCUGGUCCGUUUCUGCAAAGGCGCUCCACUCUCAUGCAGCGCCUCUUGAUGCCAUGGCCUGGAGUUUCAACGGCCGUUUUCUAGCCACUGCUGCUGCCAACGGAUCGGUCAUCACAUGGCGCGUGCUGGGCCAUAGGGAACGGCAACGGUUGUUUCGUCGCCGGCAAUUCCAAGUACAAGCACAAGGUGGAGGGGUAGGCGGCUUCGCAGUUGGAGGUGGAGGGAUCACAGCGCUGUGUUGGGAAGCAGAGGGAGAGAGUUUGAUGCUGGCUUUUGGAGAUCUCUUGACAAUUGCAAAGCCCUUAGAAGGAUGCAACCGAAUGCAAGGGACAAGGGAAGGAGACCUCAAUAAUGAAGUGGAGUUCAACAGCUGGAAGGCACAUGAGGGGGGCGUCACAAGCGCAGAUUGGGCCUCCACUGCCUCUCGCCUUAUUCUUUCAACUGGCUUGGAUUUUGUGUUUGGCCUGCGAUGGGCACCUGACGGUCAACAGGUUGCUGCCGCCUGCGGCGUUUCGGGGUUCUACUCAUUUAAAGUUGUCACAACCAAAAGAGAAACGUGGAGGUUCUGUGCUUCUUUAGAAGGAUCGGACGCCUUGCAAAUUGAAGUAAAGAUGCAAUUAGUACCUUUGAGUUCACAGCGGCGGUUCACCGUCCACGAGCCCCCGACCGUUUGCGCCUAA